ACAAACGGUCACACUUCUUUAAUGUUUACAAAUUUCACAUGCGAAAAGUAUAGUUAAAAUAAAUAGGUAACGAAAUAUACAAUUAAGCAAGAAUGGCCCACUAUAAAGGUGCCGCCAGCGAGGCGGGCCGUGCCGCCCAGCUAAUGAAGAAGCGCGAGAUCCAGCAGCAGGAAAUCGAAUUUCGCAAGAAGAAGAUCGAGGAAGAGCUCAAGCUGGAGAAGAUCGAGAACAAGUUUGCCACCCAUUACGAUGCCGUGGAGCAGCAGCUCAAGUCCUCGACCAUUGGCCUGGUCACCCUGGACGAGAUGAAGGCCAAGCAGGAGGAUAUAGUGCGGGAACGGGAGAAAAAACUGGCCCAGAAAAAGGACGAAAAGGACCGGGAGAAGCAGCGUGCCCUGGAGGCAAUUCAGGCGGAGAAAAACAAGCAGAAGCGCCAGAUCCAGGCACUGUCCUUCAACCUGGAUGAGGACGAGGAGGGGGAUGAAGACCACGAUAUCGAGGACGAGCCCAAAAUAAAGCAGGAGGAAAAACCGAAACUCAAGCCCAAGUGGACGGAGAUGCAGGACGAGAUUGUGCCCAUAAAGAAAAAGAAAAUAUGCAAAAAUCCCGAUGUGGACACCUCCUUUUUGCCAGAUCGCGAGCGCGAGGAGCAGGAGAACCGACUGCGCGAGCAACUGCGUCAGGAAUGGGUGAUGCAGCAGGCGGAACUCAAGGACGAAGACAUCUCCAUCACGUUCAGUUACUGGGAUGGGUCAGGCCAUCGACGCAGUGUGCUGAUGAAGAAGGGCAACUCCAUCUACCAGUUUCUGCAAAAGUGCCUCGAGCUGCUGCGCAAGGAGUUCAUCGAACUGAAGACCGUAAUGGCUGAUCAACUGAUGUACGUCAAAGAGGAUCUAAUCCUGCCACACCAUUACUCCUUCUACGACUUCAUCGUGACCAAGGCUCGCGGCAAAUCCGGUCCGCUUUUCCAGUUCGACGUUCACGACGACGUGCGCAUGAUUAGCGACGCCUCCGUGGAGAAGGAAGAGUCGCAUGCGGGCAAGGUGCUCCUCCGCUCCUGGUACGAACGCAACAAGCAUAUAUUUCCUGCCAGCCGCUGGGAGCCCUACGAUCCCACCAAAUCCUACGACAAGUACACCAUCAAGGAUAAAGACAAAAGCAAAAAGUAGUUUUUUAUUGGAUACAACCUUAUGAGCAAAUUUGCUACCCCUUCUGCCUCCCCCUUUAUAAAUUACAUUAUUAUAACAAUUUAUUUAAAAGCUUGUAUCACAAACAAUAGUUUUUGUUUAUUCAAACGAAGCAUAAUAAGUUGAAAUAAAACACCUAAAAAACCAUAA